UCGUAGCCUAAAAGAAGCUUGGACGGUGUACUCUUAAAAGUGUUUAUGCUAGGGUUCACGAGUUCGUUGUCAACGUAAUACGGUGCUUUUUCGCGGUCUUACGUUAAUCAGCCCUUAUCAGGGCUUUAGUUUGCGUAUAUUUGCUUUGUUUCGUACUUUAGUGGUCGAGCCCUGUUCUAUCGUACGUACAGAGCGCCGGGAAAUUUAUUGCUUAACCUCGUUCCGGCUUCCCGCGCAGAGGCAUGGCCUCGGACUCGGGGGGAAGCAGUGACCAAAACUCAAAUCGCAGUGUUUCCUUCUCCCUUCAACCUCCUACAUUGGUGAUUAAUCCGUCUAUACAGACAAAUUCCUCACCUAUUAAUAUGAGUUCUAAUGAUUCCAGCGACCUUUCUAGCUCGAUGCUUAAAUCGCUAUUUGACGAAGCAGGCUUAUCUGAUGUAACAACAUGCAAUUCCAAUAAAGAAAUUGCGUCAUCAUCAUCACCCCCACCAUCAUCAGAUGGCUCUCAGGUAAUGAUCUCAAGUGAUCUUAGCAUGGAAGUGGACGAAGUUACAAAUACUAGGAAGCGCCAUUCUUCCGAGGAGAUAGAAGCACAGGGUCGUUCCUCGACCUCUCCCCCAAAGCGAUCUACUGUUUCGACAUCUUCCACUUCGAAAUCACGAGUCUCUCCAAGGCCAAAAAACGCGGAAGACGCGCUCGGUGCGUGCUCUCAGGAUUCUACUAGUGCUGCAGCUAACCUCAAAUCUGCACCUAAAUAUCGCCCUCAGGACAAUGGUCCCUACGCGGUCUACGUUUACGACCUAAAUCGUGAAAAGGCUACACACCCGUUUGUCAUCUCAAGUAUCAUCGCUAACUCAGGUAUCCCAGAUAUCCAGGAGAUUAAAAAAAUUGGUAAAGGUAAAAUUCUUAUAGAGGCGAAAUCUGCUACUGCCGCUAAUAGGUUAGUAGACAAUCCUACAUUUUCUAAACAUAACCUCAAAGCUUUUAUACCAGCCUUUAGAGUCAUCAGAGAGGGUGUCAUCCAAGAUGAGCCUGUCGAACUCGAACUAGAAUAUAUCCACAGACACAUUGAAACGCCAACUGCAAAAAUCUUGGACAUUCAUAGAUUAAAUAGAAGAAUCACUAUAAAUGAGUUGGACAUAUAGCCAAAGUGUGCAAGGGCCCGCCUAGGUGUCUAUAUUGUGGAGAUAGCGAUCAUGAAAAUGAAGACUCUUGCCCAUCAAGGAAUGGCGAGACCGACGCUCUGUCGAAAAUAUCUCCAUAGCGGAUGCUAGGAGAAUUAUCAACAACCAAGAAGCAGAAGACCAAGA